AUGCGAUGGCUGGAACGCUCUCGGUGGAUGACCUGCCCGUACUAUGCGCUGGUGAUCUUCGUGAUUGCUUGCGGUGGUAUCCCUAAAGGUUACGAUGAGGGAGGAUACAGUGCGAGCGUCAAGCUCGAGUCGUUCCAAAUCGACUUUAACCUAAUCAAAUCGCACUGGACGAAUGAUCCCACGGGGUUGACCAAUCGCAGUGCCAACAUCACCUCCUUUAAUGUGUUGGGCGCCGCAUUUGGUGCCCUAGCUGGUUUGGAUCUCAACGACCGCUUAGGGCGGCUGAUCUCGUGGCGGCUGGCCUGCGUCGUGUGGGCUAUCGGGACCUUCAUCCAGGUUUUCUCCUCGGGAAUCUAUGGCUUGCUGCUCUUUUCCCGUAUCUUCGCCGGCCUCGGUGCCGGUUUGCUGACGGUCACGUCGCCACUGUACCUGUCCGAGGUCGCGCCCCGGGCAACGCGAGGUCUCGCGGUCGGCAUGUACAUGGUGGUUCUGCUGGCAGUGCUUGCCAUGGGCUUCUUCAUUAAUUAUGGCGCCAAUCUCCACAUGGCUGCUACACGCGCCCAAUAUCGCCUAGUUCAGGCUAUCCCUCUAAUUCCUGUCGGCAUCGCCUUCGGCCUGUCAUUCCUCUGCCCAGAGACCCCGCGGUACCUUGCAUCGCAGCACCGCCAUAAAGAAGGAAAGGAGGUUCUUGCUCGCCUACGCGGAAAGUCUGUCGACGAUGAGGGCGUUGAAGCAGAAUUCGAGGAAAUUGACCGACAGGCGCGCGAGCGGGCAGACCUGAAGACUGUCUCUCACUGGCAGGCUUUCAAGGAGUCGCAGCUCAACGCCAACUACCGCCAGCGGUUCUGGCUGCUGAUGACUAUGCAGACUAUUGCGCAGUGGACUGGUGGUAACGGUAUCACUUACUAUGUGACCAACAUCUUCGAGUACGCUGGUGUUACUGGUGCGAACCAGUCUCUGAUUUCCUCCGGCGCAUAUGGAAUUGUCAAGCUCGUCUUCACCAUGGCGUUUACCUGGGGUCUGAUCGAUCUCUUUGGUCGCCGACGCUGCGCUCUCACUGGUCUUUCUCUGCAGCUGGCGGCGCACAUCUAUAUGGGCAUCUAUAUUGGCCUACAGCCUGGCUCGUCAGACAACCAAUCUGCCUCGGACGCGGCCAUCGCAUCCGUUUUCGUUUACGCCGUCGGCUGGUCGAUCGGCCUUUGCACUAUUCCCUACCUAUACGGCACGGAGAUCUUCCCGACCAGCAUCCGCAACGUGAGCUAUGCUAUCAGCAUGGGUCUUCACUGGUUCUUCCAGUUUGCCGUUGUACGUGUCACCCCGAACAUGUUCAGCUCCCUUAAUGUCUGGGGCGCCUAUCUCUUUUGGGCUAUUAUCUGUACACUUGGUUUGAUCAUCUUGGGCAUCUGGAUGCCUGAGACGGCUCAGGUCCCUAUUGAGCGCAUGGACGAGCUCUUCUCCGGGCCCUGGUACCUCCGCUGGCGCGCUCGGCCCAAGUACGUCGAUGAUUCAUUCGAGUUCACGGAGACUGUGCGGGUCGCCUCCCACGAUCAAGAUCGAAAGACUUUCCAGUCCAAUUAA